AUGAGCGCAAAUAACGCCAGAGGAAAUUCUCGUGUGAAAAAUAUUCAAGAUCCUUCUGUCUCCUCCACGGUCCACAUUCCUCGCCAAACCUUUAUUAAACCAAGAAUAACCAAUCUAAGACAUGAUGUGGGAUGGUUUCCUAUUGACACAAAUACACCAUUAAAUGUGUCAUCUAGUGCAGAAGAAUUAUCCACAUCUAAAGCCUUAAUUAUUGUUGCUAUAAUAUUUGUAUCAUCACUACUGGCAUUAGGUUUCCUAUACAGCCAGUUUCCACAUUUAGAAGAACAUGAGAGUCAACAUUUGCAUUUGCCAUGGGACCUUGAGGAUGCAAAACAUUUAGGUUUAGUAUUAGACCGCUAUAAGGACAAGUAUUUUUAUGAAGUAUUAUUUGGAGUUUUCUUAGUUUAUAUAUUCUUGCAAACAUUUGCGAUACCUGGAUCAAUUUUUUUAAGUAUUCUUUCAGGGUGUGUCUCCCCGCCAUCAUUUGUAGCCAUCCAGGCUGGACAAACAUUGCACACAUUGACAUCGACGAGUGACGCUUGGUCAUGGACCUCAAUAACAGUCCUUACUAUAUUCGCAUUUGUUUCUCUAAUACCUGUAUUUCUCAAAGACAAAUUGAGAGAAAAGUUCGAUUGA